GUUAGUUGAUCGCUUACGAAGAGUAUCGCCGACGGGGAAGCUAUCCGCCGAACGGAAGGGACCCGAACGUUUUCGUUCAUUCUCGUCUUUCUCGUUCCUUCGGUUCUUUUUUUCCUCUUUCUCUGUCUCUCUCUCUCUCUCUCUCUCUUACUCUCUCACACACACAUUCUUUCUAUCUCCUUUUCUUUAUCUCUCUCUAUAUCUUUCUCUCUCUUCUCUCCCUCUCCCUUUCUCUCUCUCUCUCUCCUAAGGCGGUUUUCCAGCUAAAAAGGCACGUUUAAAGAGCUAAACGCUGUAUCGACGAACUCUGGCUGCCGGCAGAAUUCGGAUAUUAUAAUACUCCAACGACUUGGAACAGUAUUUUUUAUUUAAUAGGUCGUAGCGGCGAGUAAAAAAAACAGAACAAAAGAAAUGGCGGAUACGAGUCAGCAGGAACUUUCAGAACCUCAUACAAACGGGGCAAUGGACGGGCUUACGGAGGAAGAAAAAAGCAAAAUAAGGCCCGCGGACAUUGAUGCUGAUAUGAGAGAAAUGGAAAGGAGAAAGAGAGUCGAAAUGAUGAUGAAUUCGCGAUUAUUCAGGGAAGAAUUGGAACGUAUAAUUGAGACGCAAAUGAAAGACGGCGCUGGACCAUCCGGUUUGUUACAACAGAUCUCCGAUAUGAUGGGUGCUCAAGGAGCACGUUUCAACGGAAAUGUAUUUAAAAAUUCGAAUUGCGUGGUGCCUAUAAAUGAUAUUCGCGGUGUCGAAAGCAUGGGUUAUGCCAAAGGUGAAAAAUUGUUGCGUUGUAAACUCGCCGCCGUAUUCAGAUUACUCGAUUUAUACGGAUGGACGCAAAAUGUUGGUGGUCAAAUGACGGCACGUUUGAAUCAGGAUCAAGAACAUUUUUUGGUUAAUCCUUAUGGAUUGCUCUAUCAUGAAAUAACGGCUUCUAGUUUGAUUAAGGUCGACAUGCAGGGUUCCGUAGUGGAACAAGGAACAACAAAUUUUGGUAUACACAUUACCGGAUUUCAAUUACAUUCUACGAUACAUGCUGCUCGACCUGACAUCAAAUGCAUCGUUCAUAUAUCUACUCCGUCCGUUACUGCUAUUUCUUCCUUAAAAUGUGGUUUACUGCCAAUCGGACAAGAAAGUAUAGUUAUUGGUGAGGUUAGCACGCAUCAUUAUGUUGGCGGAAUGCUUGAUCCGGAAGAAAGAGAGAAAAUCACUAGAAACCUUGGCCCUAUUAACAAAGUAAUGCUUUUAACCAAUCGUGGUGCGCUUUGUUGUGGUGAAACAGUGGAAGAAGCUUUUUACAAUGUAUACAACACCGUAUUGGCCUGUGAAACGCAGUUGAAACUUAUGCCAGCUGGUUUAGACAAUUUAAAUCUCAUUUCGGAAGAAUCGAAGAAAACGAUCUUCGAAGCAUCAAGAAAGCCUCCAAUUCCUCAGCAUACUUCAGCACCAGAAUCUACAGUGAUAACAGAGAAAUUAGAAAAACGUUGGAGAAUAGGUGGAACGGAAUUUGAAGCGCUUAUGAGAAUGCUCGAUAACGCUGGUUUUCGUACAGGUUAUAUAUAUAGAAAUCCACUUGUAAAAGGAGAGCCUCCAAAACCUCGAAACGACGUGGAGGUACCACCAGCAGUUUCAUCUUUAGGAUAUUUGCUCGAAGAGGAAGAAUUGUACAAGCAGGGGCUUUGGAAAGGUGGUCGUAAAGGUACAGAUAGGUCACGUUGGUUAAACUCACCGAAUGUGUAUCAAAAGGUGGAGAUUUUGGAAACUGGUACUCCUGAUCCGAAGAAGAUUACAAAGUGGGUGUCCGAUGGAUCUCCGACCCAUAGCAGUACUCCGGUGAAGAUCGAUGGUGCUCUCCAGUUUGUACCUAAAAACACUAAUCCGAAAGAAUUCAAACAAAUACAACAGCAGAUAAAAGACUAUCGUAGAGCAGAUAAAAUAUCGGCUGGACCACAAUCGCACAUAUUGGAAGGUGUUACGUGGGAAGAAGCGAAAAAAAUGCAGGACGCUACGAUCAGUGGUACCGGAGAGCAAGUCGUUCUCGUAGGAGCAGCCAGUAAAGGUAUCAUACAAAGAGGAUUUCAACAUAACGCAAUGGUUUACAAAACACCUUACGCAAAGAAUCCAUUUGAUGCCAUUACGGAUCAGGAAUUAGAUCAGUAUAAGAAGGAGGUAGAGCGCAAGCAGAAGGGUGAUCCUUAUGACGAGUCACAGUCAGAAUCGGAGGCAUUGUCGUCAUUCAACAUCAGUCGUGCAACACACGAAUCUAGCACUGCCAAGAGUCCGAUUCAGUCACCGGUCUCUGUUACGUCUGAGACCGAGGAAGAGAGUAGAGACGAACCACGAGUUUUACGGAUAGAAACGAAACAAGUGCCUGCGCCCAGUCAGCCAGAAGUCGUUCUAAGUGACGCAUAUGCGACUACAGAGUUCCUCAAUGAAAUGCGACGUGCUGCGAUCGAAGCAGAAAGUGAUAUUAGCAGGCAAGAUUGUGCUCUAUCAAGCGGUUGCGGCAGCGAAUCCAGUACUAGCGUUCGUUCAGGCUGGCGAUCUCCCGAGCUUCAUGAUAAUCCGCAUUUAAAGGUAGUUCGCAGUUCAGUCGUCGCCGAACGUAUGAAACCCACCUUGAUCGAACGUUCGUGGAACGCGACCUGGAAGCCGGUUAAGAAAGCUAACGACGAGAGCAAUGGUAAACAAGUCGCAGAUACUCGUAGCAACAAUGAAACGCGAUUAUUGAAGAAUUUUUUGACUCGUAUUAAAGCGAGACGCGAGUUCUUCGAUAAUUAUGAGAAGAGAAUGCUGAACGGCGGCAACUGUGCGAUUCAAGGAAAAGAUGGGAACAAAUUCGCUCGAGACAAAUGUUCUGAUAAAUUUACUAACUACGAUCGAAACGAGGAUAAGAGACCUAGUGACGUGACUCAAGGAUUACUUUCCAACGUAAAUCAUAACGACGAGACUACGGAAAAUGAUGCGGCAAUAGAGAAAGUCGACGACGGAACGUUAACGAAUUUGAUAAACGAGAAAAUAUUUGAGUCUCCUGAAUGUCUGGUGGAUGAUGUUCGGAAAGAUUUAACUUGUCGCAAGAAUGAUAAAAAAGAGAAGAAGGAUGUAAGUUACUUUAGCGAAUGUAAAUUUAUUUGGGAAGAUGAUUGUCAAUGUGUGACCUGUUUGUCGAUUCCGAGGAAGAACAACGAGGGAUCGUACGAUCAUAAUCGUCGAGAUAGUCUAGGUGAUGUGAUAAAAUGUAUAAACGACAAGAUCUUGCCGUCUCGUGCUAGCUUGAACGCUUUGCCAGUGACGGACGCCUCGGUGAAGUAUAAUUUGGAUUCGACGAACAUGAGCUUGAUCUAUAGUUUGACACCGUCGAACGAUGUAUCGACGACUUUAGGUUGUGAGAAUAACGACAACGUUGACAACGUCGUUAAUAGGUCGUCGAACGAGAAUGAUGAUCAAACGAAUGAAACGACGAAACGAGCGAACGAAUCAAAUUCUAUAUCCGAAUGUCCAUCCAUAGAAAAUAUUCAUCAGGAUGAUUCCACCGAUAAUUCGUUCACCGAUUACCACGAGAAAUCCUCUAAUAACGGAUCGGAUAUAUUAGAAUUGCCGACGGGUACGAUUCUAGAGUUGGAAGAUUUUCUUGGUGCAUCUUUUAGCGAGGAGAUGAAUACUAGCGUUAAUCAAAUAAUAGCGGAACUCGAUGUUAAUCGAGCAUACGUCGAGGCAACGAACAUAGUGGACGAGGUUAUAGAGGAGGCAUCUCGUAUUACAUUUAACUUGAACGUAUCAUCGAAGAGUACGAUUUCUACGGAAUCAAAUUUGAUCGUUAUCGACGAACUCGUACAUCACGUGAUCGAUCAGCAUGACACGGGAGAUAAAGUUUUUGUUUCUACACCGAGGAUCGAUCAUGACGAGAAGUAUAUCAAUGGAUCGACGAUUUUACACGAGUCGAGUAACGACGUUAUUGAAACAAUUAAAAACGAUAAUAUCGAGGAAUGUUCGACGAUAAAAUCAAUAGAUCGAACAACCGAUCCAUCGAUUAUCGAUAAAACGUUAACAACGUGUACUUGUCUGGAACGUCGUUCCUCAGGGAAAUCGAACGGAAAUGAUGAUAAAAAGUCUCAUGGCAAAGACGGCAUCGAUGAUAAUAUUCUCGAGAAAAUAGAAAAUAUUUACGACGACGACGUGGACGAAAAUCGUAACGUUCGAUUAAUAACGGAAAAUCCUUCGGAAAAGAAGAAGAUACCGUUGAACGACGAGAUAGUUCUCGAAUUUUGUUCUAUAACCGAUCGAUCGAACAACGACGUUUUAACGUUAAAUUUUCAAGUGAAGAGAUCCGAGUCGGAUGUAGAAAAUAAUUCAUCGUUCAAUGAAACGACGAAGAUGUCGCGUAAACGUAAACACAGUGAGAUCGAACGUACAAACGAAGAAGGAAACGUUAAUGUUGAUUGUCAAACGAAUUUGGAAGUUUCAGAUCACGAUCGUCAUCACCAUCAUCAUCAUCACCAUCAUCACCACCAUCAUCAUCAUCAUCACCAUAAGAACUUCGAAGAUAUCACGGUUAACAUGGACGGGGUUACGAGUACGAAACAAUAUAGAUCGAGCAACGGAUGGAUCGUAAUCGACGAUAAAAUAACGACAGUCGAUAAUGAAAACGUAAACUCGAACGAUGUUUCAUUCGAUGAUUGCAGGAACGAUCAUCAGUGUCAUGAUUUAUCACCAAUAACGGAAGAGAAUAGCAAUGAAUCGUUUAACGAGGAAACUACAAGCGUGCUCGUAGAUACUUGUCUCGAAUGUUGCGUCGAUUGUUCAUUGGAAAGUCGAGAAAACAGGACCGAGACAACAAUAGCAACGAAAACAAUAACAACGUCAUUCGUUGAAAAGGAUAGUAUAAACGUCAGUGCCGGCGAGGAAUCGAUUAAAUCGACGGAUUAUUAUACUUGCAAGGACGAUAGUAGCGAGUACAAUACGUCUGGCAGACCAUCAUCAUGUUCAAAUCCAUCGAAUUUCAACGAGUCGGCCGAUCGAGUAUCCAUUUCUUCAGACGCGACGUAUAUCAUUUGUAAUGAUUUCGAGUCACCCUCAGAAUCGCCAAUCUAUGUCGAUUCUAAAAAUCAUUUUACAUUCGUCAAGGAUGACGACGUAGGACCUAACGACGUUCUCGAAACGACGGAAAAUGUUAAACUGAUGAACUCCAAGUCAAUAGUUUUGUCUACGAAGAACGUCGUCGAAGAACUCGCCUGUCUCGACGAGAUCAUUAAUCCGAAAACUGAAAAUUUUCAAACGGAUUCAUUUUAUUUCGGUAAAAACGACAUUACUACGGGAUCUCACAUGCUUCCACGAUACGAGGAUUCUUCUUUGUACAGAUUGGUAUCAGGGAUGAAACUGAAUAGUAUCAAUUCUUUGAUCGAAUCCACCCAAGACGAUCGUUCCUUCGUUUCGGAGCAAUGAGAUUUACUUGUGAUUUAU